UUGUCGUCGAUCGCGAGCGGUUGUCAUUGCUCCAGAGCCACUGAAAUAGUGGAAUUGCCAUUUGAAUUGCCACGGCUAUACCGUUACCGUUGAUCGUGAAGUGAUCCGGAAAUUUCUCAAGAUAAUCACAAAAUACUUGAGUCGCGAACCGCAUUUUUUGUUCAGUGAUCUUCUGCCUUUUUUGUUCAGUGUGUGUUUGUGGAGCUCGUCCAUCUGUGGCCAUGAUUCCCUGGAUCGGUUUAAGUUUGGCCCUCGUGCUGAUCGUCUGCCCCACGGAUAUAUCCUCGCGCAGCUAUAGCAACGGCCUGAUCUUCUACGAACUGAAGUCCCACCAGCCCUAUUUGCCACCCACGGUCAGCGUGUCCCGGGGUCGAAACUUGGCCAGCGUCAAGUACUCGGAGAAGGGCUCCAUCUGGUCCACCUUUGGCCAGCCCUGCGAGUGCAGCGGACCCACCUGCGGAUGCUGCGCCGGUCUCAAGGUCGAUCAGUACCGAUUCGACCAGAAAGUGUGCGCCAACGUGAGCUUCGUGCCCCGACUGGAGGAGGCCCAACUGGAGGUCUACCUGAACGGCAGACCCUCCUCGAAGUAUGGCAUCUCGGUGAGGAAUCCGGCGCCCUUCUGCAUUCCCGUCAUGAUGGGCGUGCCGAUGGCCAUGUGCGUCCAAAUGACCGAUGUCACCCUGAUGGGCAACAACCUGAGCAUGUGCAUGGACUUUGUGGUGCGACUGGCCACCACCGAUCUCUUCGAGAUGCACUUCCAGUGCAUGAAGAUGGGCCUGGACGGGCUGCAGUAUGUGGACAAGAACGGGCAACCCGUGUUGCCAGUUGGAGCUGGCCAGAGCGACGAUCCGGAGGAGUACGAGUAUGCGGAGCUGGAGGAUCAGCCGGAGGAGUAUCCCUCACAGGAGGAGGUCAAGGGGGAGGAGCCAGAGAAGAAUUCAGCACUGAUCAGCGAUCAAAUGGAAGAGGAUCAAGCAUUGGGUUAUCCAUCUCUAAAUCAACCGCUGAAUAAUCAAGUGCAAAAGACUGAGCCUCAGAAGAAUCAGCCACUGAUCGAUCAACUCAUAGUGGAUCAAUUAAAGCUGGAAGAUCAAACAAAUGAAGACAAGCCACAGGAUUAUAAGCCUCUAGGCUAUCAACCUCAGAAGAAUCAAACUCUGAUUGAACCACUAAAGCAAAUGGAAAAGGAGGAGGAUCAACUAAAUGAAGAUCAAGGCUAUCAACCACUUGGUCAAAUCGAACCAUUAAAUGAGGGCUAUCAACCACUGGAGAAUCAACCUGAAAAUGUACAACCUCCUAACAAGGAGCCUUUGGAAGAGGAUCAACCGAUGGGCUAUCCACCCCAGAAUUCCCCAAGCGAAGUGCAUCCUUCAGAAGAUUAUCUUGUCGAGGAUCAGCAGAAAGAAGAAGAGGAGGAGAAUGAUAACGGGUACCAACUGGAAAGUGAAGAUCACCAAGAGGACGAGGAAACCGGAGAGAUGGAGCCCCUGCCAAUCGAAAGUGAAAUGCUAAUGGCCAGCGAUCAGGCAGAAGAAACACCUCUCGAAGAAGUGGCCGAAGAAAUGCCAGCAGAAGAGGCGAAAGAGACGGCAAUAGGGGCGGAGAAAGAGCAGGAGACACCUGACAAUGACAAUGGUUAUGGCUAUGGCGAGAGUGGCCCGAGGCCAAGUCAGGUAAUUGAAACAAUUACCAAUUCAAUAAAAGCCACUGAAGCGCCCACAACAACAACUACAACUACAACAAAACUACCGAUAACAACUAAAAUACCAACAACAACCAAAAUACCGACCACAACUAAAAUACCAACAACAACCGCGACAUUUAACAAGCCAAACAUCGUUGUUAUUGAUGACACAAACAAUGGGGAGAAGACAGUAGAAGAAGGGGAUGAGAAGACAGGGGAAGAGGCGGAGAAAGAGGAGGAGACAGCCGAAGAAGAGGAGGCAGAAGACGAGGAAGGAGAAGCAGAAGAAGAGACGACAACACUGGCUGUCGAAAUGGAAAACGAUAGCGAUAAUGAGAUAAACGUGGACGAUGAUGAUGAUGAGGUGGAGAAAAAAAACCAGGUGAAGGAACCCCCGAGCCAGGUGGUAAAAGGCGAAAAGGAAAAGGAGGAGGAGGCGGAGGCGGAAGAGGGAGUGAAGAAGGGGGAAAAAGAGUCGGAGAAAGAGCCGGAGAAAGAGGUGAAGACGGGUCAUGAAGAAAAGGUCAAGCCAGAGUCCACCGACGACACGGCAGCUGAAGAAGAGGAAGGGGAAGAGGCAGCAGAAGAUGAUAAUGAAGAAGGAGUGGAAGGGGAAGGGGCAGAGGAGGAGGAGGAGGAGGGAGAGGACGAUGCCGAGGAGGAAGACGAAGACGAAGUCGAAGAAGAGGCUGCAGAAGAAUCCGCCGUAGCAGCAAAACCCGAAGAAAGCGCUGUGAAAAUCGAUGAAAUGCAAUAUGGCUAUGGCUUUGAAAAUACAUAUGCAAAUGCAAAUGAAAAUGAAAAGGCGACGCCGGCAGCGAAGUCGUUGUCCCGACGUCGACGUCUGCGCACCCGCCGCCUGCGCCGCCCCCUGGCACGCCCCCUGAGAAAAAUCCAUUAACCCCUCCUUAACUUAAUUUACUUUAAUUCGUAAUUCGUAAUUGUUAAUGAAUUGUUAAUGCUAAACGUUGAAGCCUGUUAAUUAAUACGUAUUUAUUGUAUUUAUUGAAACCAACUCAAAGCCAAACUCAAGCGAAAUAAAUGAUAAUUGUAAUUUAA